CAUUUAAAUCUAUUUAUAAUCCAAACAAGUUUAAGUAGUGUGAGUACAUAACAGUCGAUCUUUAUAAAGAUAUUCGGUACGUUCAGUACGCGCGCGCAAACAGUUCACAUCGUUUUCCAACAACAUUCAGCUCGCUAAGCUAUCGUGUCCGUAUUGUACCACAAAUAUGGCGAAUAUCUCGAGACGUUUAUUUAGACCAAUUAAAAAUUGUUACAGCAACAUUGUUACUAAAAAUUACACCGUAAAAACAAACGAAAGUAUAAUUAAAUUUAUGAAAACAAGUGCGGGAUUAAUUGCCAUUGGUGGCAUUGUAUUAUACGCCGGAAAAAAAUAUUACAGUGUCAAUGUCGUUCAUGCAGCUCGGCCACGCAAGCGAGAAGAUGAUUUUCCCAAGGCGGUUAAAUUGACUAUGAGAGAACGAAGAUUUAUCAAAUUUGCCUCAGUCGAAUUCAAUGGCCAGCUUUAUAUGACACCUCAAGAUUUUCUCGACAGUAUAAUCGAGCCUGAACCAAGACCUAGAUAUAAACGAAGAAUUCUUGCUAACAAAGAUAUUGAAAUGAUUAAAAAUACAACGCCUUUAUUGCAACGAGGGAAUUCUCACAUGUUUAGGAAUCUCAAAGACAAAGGAAUAAUUUCUUACACCGAGUACCUGUUUCUACUGUCUAUACUCACAAAACCACAAACUGGAUUCCGAAUCGCUUUCAAUAUGUUUGAUACCGAUGGAAAUGAAAUAGUCGACAAAGACGAGUUCCUUGUGAUGAGGAGGCUGUUCGGUUCCGGAAUAAGAAAUCGUCAGCUCCACGAGGCAACUGAACGAGUCCUGCAAAAACUAGUUACCCCGAGCGAAGAGAUGACACUUGCCACGAAAACAAUACUGCGAGACAACCAUGAUAAUAAUUCAUCAAAGAGUCAAAGUAUCUCAUCAAGUUCAUAUAUGGAGAAAAUUUUUAGUUAUGCGUGGAAAGGAAGACACGGUGGUCAUGAUCAAAAUACUAAUAAGGAUAAAGUUGCCGGCAAUGAUAAUGUUGUUGCUGAGACGCCUAGAGAAGAUGAGGGACUGCAACGAAGGCACGCCGUAGAUACGACAAUUAUGAUUCAUUUCUUUGGAAAAGACGGGACCAAGGAACUCAAGUAUGAUGGGUUUAGACAAUUUAUGGAGAAUUUACAGCAUGAAGUACUGGAAAUUGAGUUUCAAGAAUUUUCAAAGGGAAGUGAUACUAUUUCGGCAUUGGACUUUGCUAAAAUUUUGCUGCGCUACACGGAUUUGGAUACUGAUGAGUAUGACAAAUAUUUAGGUAGAUUAUUAGAAAACCCAGAACGUCAUGAAGACAUUAACUUUCCGGAGUUUAGACUUUUUUAUCAGUUUUUAAAUUCUUUGGAUGACUUUGCAAUUGCUAUGAGAAUGUAUACGCUUGCUGAUCAUCCGAUUUCUAAGGACGAAUUUCACCGCGCAGUAAGGAUUUGUACUGGAACAAUUAUUCCAAUGCAUAUGAUAGAAACAGUAUUUGCAUUAUUUGACACUGAUGGUGAUGGAGAGCUGUCUUACAAGGAGUUUAUCGCGAUAAUGAAAGAUCGCUUGCACCGCGGCUUUAAAACUCAACCAAGGGGCGAAGGAUGGGAAGCUUUUAAAUACUGUUUAAAGCAAGAAAUGAAAGCACCCUAAGCAAGAUUUAUGGACUUGUUUUUUUUUUUUUUUUUUUUUUUAAUCUCUUCAAUCUCAUCAGCGAUCAUUUUCCGUGCCAAAUUUUUUUUUUCGCAAUUUAAUUAAAAUAUUUAAAUGCAAAACUACUGUAGAAAAUUUAAAGUUUUUAAUUUUUUGCUAAUUUACUUUUAAAGUUUAUCAUUUAUGAUGAUGUAAAUAAUUAAACGUAUACACAAAAUAAAAUAUAUAAAUUAU